GUUGUCUCAUUGAGACCGAGCCCUAAGUUAAAAUAUUGUCGCGGCCGGUCAAUAAAGGGCCAGAACCCCUACAGAGUUAAGGGUUCGACCCUUGACCAUCGUUACAACAACAGGAGGGUUAAAAAAACGGAAAAAAAAAUAUCUAUAUCAAAAAUAUUAAAAAAACAAAAAAUAUUUAUAAAAAAAAAACAGAGAUGGGAGGACCUAAGUUAAAGUAUACCUUCUUAUUUAUAUGUAUCACUUUAGCUACAAUAAUACCGACCCUAAUGGCUCAUAUUGGUCACUACGACGAGGUGUGGAGGAGGAGAGCCGAAGAAGCAAAGGAGUAUGCCCGUCAAAUUUAUGAGCCACACCCUGAAAAUGUCACACUUGCAUUUAACCAAAAACUUCGCGACACAAUGAAGGAAUUAAAGGCAGUGAAAGUUAGCAAUAGCACAAGGAGGGGCCUAGGGACGAAAAAGUACAAAGGACCUUGCAUGGUUACAAAUCCUAUUGAUAGAUGCUGGAGAUGUGACCCUAAUUGGGCAGACAAUAGGAAAAGACUAGCAGAUUGUGCAAUGGGAUUUGCAUCUAAGGUCACAGGUGGCAAAGACGGUGAAUUCUACGUUGUCACUGAUAAUUCUGAUGAUUAUAACGAUCCAAAACCCGGAACUCUUCGUUACGCUGUUAUCCAAAAGGAGCCAUUGUGGAUCAUAUUUAAAAAGAGUAUGACCAUUAGGUUGCACCAGGAGAUGAUCAUGCAGAGUGACAAGACCAUCGAUGCUCGUGGGGCUAAUAUUCACAUUGCUAAAGGCGCUGGCAUAACCCUCCAGUACAUCAAGAACGUAAUCAUCCACGGACUUCACAUUCAUGACAUUGUUGAGGGAAAUGGUGGAAUGGUUCGGGAUGCUGUGGACCAUAUUGGGAUACGUACAAAGAGUGAUGGGGAUGGUAUUUCAAUCUUCGGUGCAUCCAAUAUAUGGAUUGAUCACGUCUCUAUGGAACGUUGCUACGAUGGGCUGAUUGAUGCUGUGGAAGGAUCAACUGGUAUCACUAUAUCAAAUGGACAUUUCACUGACCACAAUGAGGUGAUGUUGUUUGGUGCAAGUGAUAGUUCUUCCAUAGAUCAAGUUAUGCAAAUCACAUUAGCAUUCAAUCAUUUUGGGAAGAGAUUGGUACAAAGAAUGCCAAGGUGCCGAUGGGGAUAUAUACAUGUUGUUAACAAUGACUAUACUCAUUGGAAUAUGUAUGCCAUUGGUGGUAGCAUGCAUCCCACUAUCAUUACCCAGGGUAAUCGUUUUAUUGCCCCGCCAGACAUCUUCAAGAAGCAGGUAACAAAGAGGGAGUACAGCCCAGAAUCAGUAUGGAUGCAAUGGACAUGGAGAUCAGAGGGAAAUCUAUUCAUGAAUGGUGCAUACUUCACAGAAUCUGGUGAUCCAGAUUGGUCCAAGAAACACAAAGAUCUUUAUGAUGGCAUAUCAGCUGCCCCAGCAGAAGAUGUCACUUGGAUUACUAGGUUUGCAGGUGCACUUGGCUGCAAAGAAGGAAAACCUUGUUAGACAAAUUCAUUCAAUUUUUUAAUCGACAUCAAAUAACUGUCGCUAUAUUUUUUUGUAUGUAUCUUUCGUGAUCACUAAUUGUAAAUUAAUUUUUUUCUUGUGACUAUAAAAAUUUAUUAACUUUCAUUUUU